AUGAGAGCUACAACCAUUUUCUCAGCAUUGCUGACGUCUGCAUCACUUGUGCUGGCUUAUGUGACAGACGAAAAUAAGGCACUGGCCGCUACUAUUGACGAAAACUUUCAUGCAAAGAACUCGCUAUGGUAUUUUGAGGAUGAGAGUGAUGACAACGCCAUGACGUAUGGUAGUGAUGGGUUAACUAUGACAAUUUCGGAGAGUGGUAAUACCAGAGACUUGUCGUCCAAAUUUUACAUACUCUACGGUAGGAUUGAAGCAAUAGUGAAAGCUGGAAAUGCAAGAUCUAUUUCUUCUGCAAUCAAUUUCUUUUCUCCGGAUGGUACCAAGGAUGAUGGUUCGGGCCAAGGUUUAUUUGCUAUAGAUUGGGAUGAUGGUGAAGGAGAUGAAUUUUACACAUUUAGUACUUCAGUGAAUAGUCAUAAUAACAGUACCGCUCAGUGGGAAGCCCAUUAUGUGAAGUCACCACAAACUGAGUACCAUAAUUACACAAUCGAUUGGACCAAGGAAAAACUGACUUUUUACGUUGAUGGGCAAGAAGUAAGAGUAGUUCCAAGUACAGCCACCGCAGAUUUUCCUAACUCUCCUGCCAGGUUUUUUAUUACCCAUUCGGAUCAGGGCGAUCUUGAGAAUGAUGAUACAGAAAUUGUUGAUAUGUACGGCGGCCAAACAGAUUAUUCUAAAGGUCCCUUCAUUAUGAAUAUUAAAAAGCUUAUCGUUGCUGACUAUUCAACAGGAUCAAACUAUUCCUAUGUUCCUGGGAGUAACGCAACAUUGCCUCAGGCAAAUGGUGGUGAGAUAUAUGGAAGGUAUGAUCAAGCGCAGAAGGAUUUAGCAGCGUUGCAUCAGAAUGCAUCAUUAUCUAGUUCCGACUCUGUUUCUUCAGCUUCUAGCACCCUUUCUUCCGUAACUAUGCUUGCUAACACUUCAACCAUAUCCCAAAGCCUAUCCACGCAUUCGACUGAACUAGGCUCUGGCAACGGCGCAACUGGGAGAACCACCUCCUAUAGUAGUGCCACCUCAAUAACCUCGGUUGGAUCUUCAAGUUCUUCAGGAACAUCUUCGUCUAGCCCAUCAUCAUCAGCUUCUGGGGCAGGUAGCGCAACUGGUUUGUCGAGUUGGUUAGCCACCUUCUUCUUUGUUCACCUCUUUGCUCUAUUAUAA